AUGCUUCCUUAUUUCCAUAACUCUCCUUUAAAACCCAAAACUCCUGAUAUUCCUGAUCGCAAAAGCUUAAUUUACUUCCUUCAACCCUUGCUCUCCUUUCACAAUCCCCGUACAUGGCUUAUUCUUACCGUCCUCCUCNUCCCCACUACAUCUUCCGCCGCCGCUAUUUUAACCAUCACCGAAGUUGAUACUAUUACUAACUUGUGUCCUUUAGGUAAAGUAUAUGUCUACGACCUCCCUCAGUUAUUCAACGCGGAGUUAAUACAAAAUUGCCACGAAUUAAACCCAUGGAUUUCGCCAUGCGAAGCGCUGUCGAACGACGGUUUUGGCGGCAGAGCCACCGGACUUUCGAAAGUUGUUCCGGAAAGCCUUAUCGGGUCGUGGCAUUGGACGGACCAGUUUGCAUUGGAGCUAAUUUACCAUAACCGUAUGGUAAACUAUCGGUGCAGGACUAUGGAGCCGGAAUCUGCUACGGCUUUCUACAUCCCGUUAUACGCUGGACUAGCGGUGGGAAAGUACUUGUUUAAGAAGAACUCCAGUGCAAAAGAUCGUGAUAUGCAUUGCGAGCUGAUGCUCAUCUGGGUCCAGAAUCAAACCUAUAUGAAGCGUAAAAACGGUUGGGAUCACUUCAUAUCCAUGGGCCGCAUCUCAUGGGAUUUCCGCCGAUCGAAAGAUAAAGAUUGGGGUUCUAGCUGUAUAUACAUGCCGGGAAUGCGUAACAUCACGCGCCUUCUAAUCGAGAAAAACCCUUGGGACUAUUUCGAUAUUGGUGUGCCUUAUCCCACCGGAUUCCACCCCAGCACCGCUAAUGACAUCACCCAGUGGCAGAACUUUGUCCGUUCGCGUGAAAGAAAAACUCUCUUCUGCUUUGUUGGGGCGACACGUGGACUUAUAAAAAAUGAUUUUCGAGGUUUAUUACUGAGUCAUUGUUACAGCGAGUCGGACUCGUGUCGAGUUUUGGACUGUGCUGGGUCGAAAUGCUCCAAUGGCACUUCUGAAAUUCUAGAAACUUUUCUCGACUCGGAUUUCUGCUUACAGCCUAGAGGUGACAGUUUCACUCGGCGGUCUAUUUUCGACUGCAUGGUGGCCGGUUCAAUUCCGGUCUUUUUCUGGAAGAGAACGGCUUAUUACCAGUACGAGUGGUUUUUGCCCGAAGAACCAGAGAGUUACUCGGUUUUUAUAGAUCGGUAUGAGGUAAAAAGUGGGUCAUCCAUUAAAGCAGUUCUUGAAAAAUUCAGCAAAGAACAGGUAAAGUCGAUGAGGGAAAAAGUGAUAGAGAAUAUACCGAAGAUAGUUUAUGCUAAACCCAAUGGGGGUAUAAAUGGCAUUAAAGAUGCAUUUGAUAUUGCAGUAGAGGGAGUAUUGAGGAGAAUUAAGAAACAGGAAGGAGGGUAUAAAUGGUAAUAAACUAUGCAAAUGGGGAAAUUAAGGUUUAGGUAGAUAUGGGAGUGCAACAGCUUUGCAGGUGCAUGGCCAUGGCGGCAGUUGAGUUUAGUUACUGUUUUCCUGCCACAGAUACACCAUUGGAAAGCAGCUGCAGUUUGGGACGAAGUUGACAUAAACUUUUACUUAUAAUUUUGUAAUUUUUAUGUGAUGUAUUUAUGUAGUAUAAGUAGCUUAUAUUAGCGGCGAAGUUAAAAGAAUUUUUUCAGAGGUGUUCAAAUUUAAAAGAAAUGAAAAAAAAUUCUGAUAAAGUGUGUUCAAUAUUUUACUUGUGUAUACAAUAUAAUUUUUCGACGGUGGUCA